GUGCGAAUGUCCGUUACUGGCUGUAAAUGUAGGAAAUGAUUUAUAAAUUGAUCACACUGAUGUUCAGUUAAACCACUGCUUGUCUGUCCGUGCCUGUUAGUCCACAAAGAUGAGCAAGGCUGUGGUUUUCCUCUUCGUCAUAGGUCUUAUGAUCUCCGUAGUGACAGCCUGGUGGUCGACGGACUCACCUCUUCGGUUUCCAGACGACUGUAACAGCGAAGCCUUGCGGACCUUUGCGACCAACUGCGGAAUCUCGGAGCACUCCAUGGGGAAACACUACAUCCUGAGGGAUCCAAAGAGCAAUGACAUCAACAACAUCGUCAUAGUGAUACCAGAUGACUUGCGAGAUUUCGGCACGUGCGAGAAGAUUGUCCGAGAUCUUAAUGAGAGAUGCAAUAAGGAUUACUUCGACUACUAACGCUAUGUUAACAUCAACCUCGGCUUUUCACGUUUCUUCGUCGUGAUACUCUUCGAUCAGCUUUUUAUUAAGACAAUACUUAAGUAUGUUCUAACUAUUUUAACAAACAAUCUGGUCUUAAUGCAUGUAGUAAAAGUUUCAUCCUUGUUCUGGCUAAUCAUGGACAACUCUUUCCGCAUUUAGGGAAUUGUUCGUGCUAAAGAUGUCUUCUCUAAACAAAAGUCCAAUAAUAGCGCAAAGUGGUGUCCCUGAUUAGCCCGUUUGGACUGCUCUGAUAAUUUAUUACGACGCUUUACGCACAUGCGUUAAGCCCAGUUUUUCAAGAAUUCUGUUAAUUUAAACAAAACGAACCGAUUGUUUUUAGACUGAGACCAGGAGCUGUAAACUUUUAUUUGCCGUAAAUAUCUGUAAAUUCCUAAACUGUGUUUUAUGUAUUUAAGGCCGCUUCUGCUAAUAAAUAUUAUCGUCU